AUGUACAACAGAAUCAAAUCGUCAUUUUUGACGCAUUUCGGCGCCUCGAAAUCGCCUCGAAAUUUGAGUCGAGAGGAGAAAAGAAAACUUCGCCACUCGCUGGCCGAAUGCCAAUUGUCCGACGCCGCCCACUUCGUGAUUGGCUCCGCCCCUUUGGCGGAGGUCGACGACGACGACGAGGAGGCGGAUGAGGAUUGCGCGGCGACGACAGCGAACAGCACAACGAGUAACACGAUAUUCUCGCAAUUGAGCACCUCGUCGACAUCAUCGCCGACUCAUCACUAUUCGAGCGUAUUUCCGAUUCACGACGACGACGAGCCCAUCAUGCCGCAUUUCGCGUUGUCAUGGAACGUUCAGUAUCUCGGCUCAUUUCCGAUCUCGAAUUUGUCGACGGACAGCAUCGGCCAACGAUUGGAGCGAUUUCAGCCGCUGACAACACAAAACGUCGAGCUGUCGGUGUCUCUUCUCGGCGUUCGAGUGAGCUGCGAAAAGAACGUCAUCAUGUCGCAUUCGCUACGUCGAAUUUCGAGCGUCGUCGGCCGCCCGCACAAUCUACAAGUCGCUUACAUCGCGUUGGAGCCGGCUGGAAGAACGUAUCGGCGACUCUGCCACGUGUUUCAGACCAACGACAAUACACAGUCUAGACGUCAAACUGUCGACAUCGUCAAGGUCUCGACAGGAAAUGUUGCGAGGUCCCCUUUGGCAAUCGCGCCGAUAUUUAUGAUCCCACCAUGUGUCCUUCGCAAAUUUGCAAUCGGACCAUAA